AUGCCGGCACUACGAAUGUUAGCGCGACAGCAAAUGGCACCGCCGCCGGACAACGCAUACUGCCAGGAAAACAACAAGGCGGAGAUAUUAGGCGUUACUGGCGCCUUCUUCACAGCCGGCAUCAUCAUCGUGGGACUACGAAUGAGUGUAAGGGCCAUUAUGAUCAAAUCGAUCGGGGCGGAUGACUACGUGAUGCUCUCCGCAUUGAUCAUGGCGAUGGCGACGUUCAUCUCGUUCGUCUAUGAGACAAAGUACGCCAUCGGGAAGCAUACUCAGUGCAUAGCAAUGGACGACUAUGAAAUGUACGCAAAGUGGCAAUACUAUCACUCGUUAUGGGUGAUGAUAGGAGUGGUCUUGGUCAAGAUAUCGAUUGCGCUCUUUCUCAUGCGCUUGGUGCCGCCAGGAAAGAAGUGGAAGCGCUUUCUUUGGGGCUCUAUAGUGUUCCUCGUCUGCUUCUGCCUCUCCUGCAUGGGGACGUUGAUCUGGAACUGUACUCCAAUUGCGGCAUCCUGGGACUUUGAGCUGCGAGCCAAGCCGAGCACGCGCUGCUUCUCGAACGACACCUUCACCGCGAUCGGUCUUUACAACAGCUCGGUCAACUGUGCCACCGACUUCCUUUUCGCCAUCUUGCCAAUCCCCAUCAUCGUCAAACUCCAGGUCAAUCGACGCACGAAGAUGACAUUGGGAAUCAUUUUGAGCUUGGGCUACUUUGCGUGUGCGGCGGGAAUCGUAAAGGCAGUCAAGCAACAUCAAUUCUUCGACGAGACGGAUCCGACAUGGCACAACGACUUCAAUGUCUGGAACAUGAUUGAGCUCUGCGUCGGAAUGAUAGCCGCGUCACUGCCGACCCUUCGCCCUCUCUUCGCAAAGAUUCUCGAAACCACCAAGACAGCGCUCAGCUCGAGCAGAGAAAAUAGUGGCAACCGCACAGCAAUAGGAGGCUCAUCAGGCUAUCGUCGUCAGCGGGAUGUCGAUGGCGACAUCAAGAUGGACGAUUGGAAGGACUUCAGCAACAGCACCGGUACAGCUACGUUCUCGACUGUCAAGACCGCGGUGGGAACGGAGCCUGACAUGCACCAGCACCAGGCGUCCACGUCAAAGAAUGCUAGGCACACGCUGGCGAUGACUGAUGCACGAGAUCCGAACGAUGACGGGAGUUGGGAGGAUAUUGAAGUGUUGAGAAGUCAGAGCGAGGAGACGCUGAAUCGACCCGCGGGGAUUCACAAGACUACGUCGAUUAUGAGAAGCUGUGAGCAGGUGCAGCCUGGCAGGAGGUUUUGA